AGUCUGUUUUAUUCUGCCCGAUUUUGCCUCGAGUGGUACACGUGAAUAUUUGGUUAGCGUUGUGUGUAAAAUUUGGUUAACAACGUUGUUUACAAUAAAUUGAAUGACAAUGUUCAGAUAUAAUUUGUGGCAGUUUCUUGAAACAUUCCAUCAACAUUGUACAAUGAUGUUACCGUCGAUACAUGUAUCUCGUAUGCAAAAAAUUAUUAUUAUCUGCUUUGCUGGUGGUUCAGUACUAUUAGGAGGACUAGCUCAGUUUUUGAAGAGGCGACGAAGACCUCCUCCAUCCAGGAGACCUUAUAGGGAUUACAAACAAAGAUUAGCGAGUGCUAAGGCCUCUAAUUUUGAUGUGUUAUCACAAGUAUCUUGGGCAAGAAGAAGCGAAGCUAGUACUAGGAGUCAUAUUAGUGAUCGUGCUUCACUCAUCUCAUCUGUACCUGGUGUCCCAGACGAUGAUGUUAGACUCACUCCACAACAAUAUGGUGUGCUCGGUCUCGAGGCGUUGGAAAAGGCUCUCUACUGCUGGGAAGAUGCGCUCACUGCAUUUAGUUCUACCUUCAACAACGAAACCUUGGCACUGCAAACGAAGGCCGAUGCGGCGUUUACCAAAGAUGUACAGACACUGCUUGACGUAGGGUAUCAAAUGCAAGAUCAGGCGGAAAUGUUGUUCAUUGAUCAGCAUUCUGUAUUAUUCCGUAACGAUAGCGAGGAGAGUCUCGAUAGUCGUAAACCCUCACAUGUUGAGACACGAAUGUCUGGCAAGGAAAGAGUUGACGCCGCGUCAUCACCCGAUUCUUUCGAAUCUGCGCGUGACGGGGUUGCGGAUUUGCGCGAGUUCGAAGAAUUCUCUGAGUUGUUUCCACAUUUGGAGAGGCAAGCAUUGUAUCAUGCCGCUCUUAAACAACACGAAGACAAUGGUAUUCCUUGCAGGAGAAUGCACACAGAACUUGUAAGGUGUGGAUCAGAUGUAGAAUAUUUAGCAAAAGUACAUUGCUUACGACAGGCUUAUACCAAAUUAUUUAAUUUGCCCGCGGCGACAGCAUUUAUAGCAGACAUGGGCCGGCAAGUUAUGAGUGAUUUAAUUAUGUACGCAGACAGGGAUCCCAAAGAUUAUUUAGUAUAUUACGAGCGCAUGUUGGAAUUUCUGAAAGAGCCACGUAACCAUAGUAUUAUGGAGGAGGAAUUGACCGUUCGCGGUGUCAAGUGCAUGAACUUCUAUGAUGUCCUCGUCGACUUCAUACUGUUGGACGCGUUCGAAGAGAUGGAAAAACCUCCAUCGUCCAUCAAGGCUAUACUCCAAAACCGAUGGAUAUCUGCUAGUUUCAGGGAAACUGCGAUAGGGACGGCGGUAUGGUCCGUUCUCAUGGGUAAAAGACAGAUGCUAAAAUAUGAUCAGGGCUUCCUGGCACAUUUCUAUUCAAUCUCCGAGCAAAUCUCUCCGGUACUUGUAUGGGGAUUCUUGGGCUCGGAAAGCAACCUACGUUCUACUUGUUACUACUUUAAAGAGCAAGUGAUCGAAUUUCUUAUAGAUAUAUUUAAUAUUUUUAAAGUACGAUAUACAACUGUGGACGACCUCGCCGCCGAUAUUCUUAGAGAAAUGAAAACGAGAGUCGAGAAUAUAAAUCAAAGAUUAUCGUUGGAAGGCUGCUAACCAAACGAGACAUACGUAGACAGCCAUUAGUAUAUAUUAAAUCUAGUACAUAUGUAAAUUGCAUUACAUGUACUACGAUAAACAAAGUAGUAAUAUCGUCGACGAUAAUAUCGCAACAUUAACCAAAUUAAUGUCGUAUCUGAUCUAAUAUCAUAUUCGACUAAUUAAAUGAAUAGAGCGUAUUACUGCAUAUUUUCAUUUUCACCACCACAUCGGCAGUAAUAAGUAAUUACCGCGAUAAAUAAGUGAUUAUUUUGUAAACUAAUUUACAACGUCGCACUUAACUUUCUUCAAAAUUUCACACGUAUAUCAGCUUUCACGCAUAAUACUUGAAUAUAUCAUAAAUUGUGUCAGUCUUAAA